CUCGAUCGAUCGGCAUCGCAUAUCGUGAAAGCCGCGAAUCGAGAAGUGCGAAGCGAUGCUUGACUCCAACCCCGCUUGACCUGAUCAUUCAUUUCCUCUCGCAUCAUCGAAGCCGCACUUUCCUCUUACCGCUAAUUUGGCUGGCACGAUUCUCUUGGCGCUUCAAAUUACUUGCUGCUAGGCUUGCGCUUCCUCUACGUCAGCCGCCGAUCAAUCCCUGGAUCAGCACUCCGCAGCACGCAACACACCAAAUUGGCAUCGCAUCCGUCACUGCAGCACAAUUCCCCUCCAGAGUGACAAGCAAUGUCAACGUCUCCAAUACCCUCGGGCACCACCACCACCACCAGCAGCAGCAGCAGCAGACCCAAAAGACUAAGAAUAUUGGUGGUCAGGCACGGCGAGACGGAUCACAAUGUCGCCGGAAUCAUUCAAGGACAAAUAGAUACGGAUCUGAACGUGAUUGGUAGGAAGCAAGCCGAACAUGUUGCGAGAGCUUUGAGAGAAGAGAAUAUAGACGAGGUCUAUUCGAGUCCGCUUAGACGCGCCAGGGAUACGGCAGACGCAAUCGUUCAAGCUCAUCCCAAGCUCAACAAAUCAGCAUACAACUACUGGCUCGAUGAUAGAUUGAUGGAAAGGGGCUUUGGAACGCUGGAAGGAAAGAAAUACGGAACGCCGGGUGCUCCGAAGCCCGACACUAUCGAAGGCAUUGAGCAGGGCAACGACUUCCGUGAACGUCUAGCGUCCAUUCUGAACGACAUCGUUCAAGGUCCAGCACCAUGGGCUUCCGAUUCUCUCCCUGUGGAUACGCAAGCGAAUCCUCAAGUCAUCUCUCCCUGCUCAUCAGGUUACAAAGAUGGUACACGUCUAGCUCCUUUGUCCUUGUCGAAUUCCAGCGCAUCUUCAGGUCAACAUCCUUUUGCGCCAGGUGCGGUGGCGACCCAGCAAGAGUCGCGCGUGGCCAACAUCGCACCUGGCGGAUACACGAACCGAGAUCGGACUGUCCUGAUUGUUGGGCACGGCGCUAGCAUAAGUGCGAUGCUUGGCGAUGUGCUCUUGUCGGGCAAUUAUGCCUACUUGGCCCCCGCAAUCUCUCGUACUAGAAUAUGGAAUUGUUCCAUCUGCGAAGCCAUCGUUCGCUUGCCCCUCUUGCUGACCGAUUACGAUGCCCAAGAGAGGAGGCAAGUGCAAGCAGGUCAUCAAUCUCUGAGACGAACAUGGCCUAUCAGACCUCCUCAUCUGAAUCCACCUUCGAACAAUCCAAAGGCGACGGGCGAAGGGAGCAUCAUCAUAGAAAGAUGGGCAGACGUCAGGCACUUGCCGCAGCAGAUCGAUGGCGAAGGUAUCACAAAUGUGGACGAGGAGAUUCAGAAAGCCAACUAAGCGCAUCGAAUGGCUUGGUUGUGAACACCACAGAAUGGCAGAUCGCAAAGGGCUAUAGACAAUCAUCUUGCUCAUUGUAUGGUUAUGAUGUCGACCAAUGCAUCGCA